AUGCCGAUCAACGUAUCGAAAUGGGCUAUGUUUUACUCGUUCGAUGUGUUGGGCCUUGUGGGGUUCAGCGACGAUUUCAAUCAGCUUGGAUUUGCCACGGAGCAUUAUGCUAUCAAAGGAAUUCAUGAUCAGGUUUUCAUGCUGGGACUGCUCAACCAGAUUCCGUGGCUUUCAUAUCCAUUGAAUGCACUUCAACCUUUGAGCGGAGGAUUCGGUCUGUUUAAGAUGUACUGCAGCCGUAUGGUCAAGGAAGCUUCAUUGAAGUUUGAAAAUUCGGAAAACAAGACACCGGACGAUGUCAUAUCGUGGCUUUUGAAAGCUCGGGCCGAGAAUGAUCGAUCAGCGCCCCCUACGGAGAAGGCCCUUGGUGAGGACGCGAAUGUCCUCAUGUUGGCCGGAAGUGAUACUACGGGCAACACGCUUGCAUGCGUGUUCCACUACCUGGCAUCUAAUCCCUCCGUUUACAAAAAGCUCCAAGAAGAGCUAGAUCGGACUAUGCGAUUAAAGCCAGCAGUACCAGGGGGCCAACCUCGCGUCACCCCACACGAAGGACUGCAAAUCGGCGACGUCUGGAUCCCAGGAGACGUUAAUGUGCUGGUUCCCCAGUAUGCUGUGCAAAGGGACGAGCGGUUCUUCCCUCGAGCGAAAGUGUUCUUGCCAGAUCGAUGGCUAGACAAAAAUAACAACCUGAUCGCAGACCCACAGGCCUUCUUUCCGUUUCAAAUUGGUCCUCGCGGAUGCGUUGGCAAGGAACUUGCCAUGAUGACCAUGCGUAUAUUUCUGAGUCGCGUCGCACUGAACUUCGAUAUUAGAUUUGCACAUGGGGAAGAUGGCGUUGAAUUUGAUACGUGUGCGAGGGAUUAUCUGGCUCUUGAUGUUGGGCCAUUGAAUUUGGUGUUAACAGAUCGCGCGAGUGGGUCCUGCUAG